AUGUCCUCGCUUUUAAGCAACAGCAACAUCAACGCCUCCGAUAUCGGUAGACUUGCUACAGCCACAGCAGCCACAGCUUUGGGUCUUUUGGCAUUGAAAUACAAUGAUCGUGCUAUCUUCCGAGAACGACGUGAAGGGAUUGCAUUUGCCAAAGGAGAUCCUCUUGUUGGAAGUCUCUUUCGCAAUAUUAUGGGUAAAGACACGGCAUACGACAACCAGGUCAGCAAAUUUGAGGAAUUGGAUACUUUGACCUUUGGUGCCACCAAUUUAGCCCUUCCUCCUGUUAUUUGCACCAUUGAUCCCUCUAACAUCGAGUACUUUUUGAAAACGCACUUUGAGAACUACGUCAAAGGAACACGAGUACUUCACGCUAUGGGUCACCUCUUUGGCAAAGGCAUUUUUGUCAGCAAUGGAGAAGGAUGGCGGUGGCAACGAAAAACAGCCAGCCAUAUUUUCUCAGUAGCCAAUUUCCGAGACCAUUUUACAGAUGUGUUUGUUAAGGAAUUGCAUGCAAUGUGUGACAACAUCUUUGACAAAAAGGCUUCCAAUCAUCGACCCGUUGACUUUCACGAUGUCAUGUUUAAGUUUACUUUGGAUUCUUUUGUCCUACUUGGUUUUGGGAAACAACUUGAUUCAUUGUCCAACCGUGGCAAAGUCCCAUUCGCAGAGAGCUUCGACAUUUGCCAAGCAGAUUGCUUUGAUCGAUUCAUCAACCCAUUCAUCCCUGUGGCCGAAGCCAUACGUGCAAUUACACCGGGCAAAAAGACAAUUCGGGAUCAUCUCAACAUCGUCAACGAAUUCGCCUAUAGCAUUAUUACUGAACGUCGUCAACAAUUGGCCAAUGGUGAAGAAUUCAAAGAUUUAUUAUCACGUUUCAUGAGCACGCAAAACGAGCACGGCGAGCCAUUAAGCGACAGCGAACUUCGUGACACGGUUCUCAACUUCAUCAUUGCUGGACGUGAUACAACGGCUCAAGCAUUGUCAUGGACUUUUUACAACCUAAUGUUGCAUCCACGCAUUGAAGCUAAGCUUGUUGAAGAAAUUCAUGCUUGUAUUCGUGAUGAACAUGAGCAAGAUUCUCCUGCGCUCUAUGAAGCUAUCAAGAAAAUGACCUAUGCACAUGCAGUGUUCUACGAGGUGCUGCGUUUGUAUCCAUCCGUGCCUGUGAAUACCAAAGUGGCUCUCGAGGACGACGUAUGGCCCGAUGGCACACAUGUCAAAAAAGGAGAUACAAUCGUUUGGAGCACCUAUGCUUUGGGUAGGUCAACCAAAGUAUGGGGUCCUGAUGCCAAAGAAUUCAAACCAGAGCGAUGGAUCACACCUGACGGUGAGCUGCGUCGUGAAUCCCAAGGUCAAUUCCCAGCCUUCCAUGUUGGGCCUCGGGUGUGUCUUGGCCAAAACUUAGCAACCCUCGAAGCACUCGUUGCCAUUGUUUUGUUGCUGAAGCGAUACAAAUUCACGCUUGUCCCUAACCAGGAGAUCACUUACAAAGUGAGCUUGACUAUGCCUAUGCGAAAUGGAAUGAAGCUCUUCGUUGAAAAACGUUAG